AUGACCUCUCUAAAUCCUCGCGAACCCUACUCCCAGGAGGAGCUCGAGAAGCUCUAUCCGAAAGAUUUGAAGCUUCAAUUGGUCCAGGUGUUCCUUCGCCAUGGCGAACGCACUCCGGUAUCUUCUCGGUUUCAAAAUGCAGGCCUGGCUGAAUAUUGGCCGUACUGCAGUGUUGUGCGUCGAAUGACCCAAAUGGCCGCUAGCAACCAGGACCUCUCACAGUGGAAGGGCUUCGAAUGGCGGAAAAAGACGGAGGCAUUUGGCGAUAGAGAUGAGGCGGUGGUUGCGGUGGGUGCGACAGGUGACAUUGAAGGCAUCUGCCAACACGGCGAAUUGACAGACAGGGGACGGGAAACAACCUUCGCCCUCGGCCAGCGCCUGAGACAUCUUUAUGUUGACCAGCUUGGGUUCAUGCCUAAGAUCAAGUCCGACACCGAGGAUAUGUACCUCCGCGCCACACCCAUUCCGCGAGCCCUCGAGUCCCUCCAGCAGGCUUUCUGGGGCAUGUACCCGGCUAGUGCUCGUACCCAAGACUUCCCUCCGCCAGUGAUUGUUGCACGCUCCGUGUCGGAGGAGACUCUAUUCCCCAAUGAAGGCAACUGCCGUCGAUUCAGACAACUGGCCAGGCUCUUUGCCGAUAGGGCAGCGUCACGGUGGAAUGAAACCGAACAGAUGAAUUACAUCAACAGCAUCCUAUCAAAAUGGAUGCCCGAGAAGUCCCCCAAAGUUGCCGUCGACUCUCACCCCCGACUCUCUGGAAUCAAUGACACCAUCAACGCAACCGACGCCCACGGACCCGCAACACGUCUACCUGCAGAAUUCUACGACAAGAAACUGAGACAGUACAUGGAACAAAUUGCCGUCGACGAAUGGUUCGCUGGUUACAACGAGAGCACCGAAUACCGCAAACUUGGCAUUGGAGCCCUACUAGGAGAUGUGGUCGACCGCAUGGUCAGCACCGCCAUCGAUGGUGGCUGGCGCAGCGAAACUUCGGCAUCUGGGUCCUCCACCGACGAUGGCAAGUCGAUCAAGUUCGCCAUGAGCGGAUGCCACGAUACCACAUUGGCAGCGAUCUUGGGUAGUCUGGGCGCCUCCCCUGGCAGGUGGCCCCCUUUCACCUCCUCCAUUGCUGUCGAGCUCUUCUCAAAGGCGGACCGUAAAUCUGGCGGGGAGAAUGCUGGCGUCAUGCUCGAGGAAUUCUCAAACCCUGCCAUCGCCCAGAAGAAGAGCGGAGGUCUUUUUUCCUUCAUGAAGGGUUCUUCGAACUCGGACAACUCGACUCCGCCCCCUCCGUCUGAAACCGCCCGUGCUCCCCUUGCGUCCUUCCCCGAUCCCGCAAGAAAAUCCCUGCAGAAACACUAUGUCCGUAUCCGCUACAACGACGUUCCAGUCCGUAUUCCUGGUUGCGCUGCGAAACCGCAAAAUCAUCUUCCUGGAGACGAUACCUUCUGCACAUUAGACGCAUUCAAGGAGAUCGUUGAUAAGUUCACGCCCAAGAACUGGCAGGAAGAGUGCACAGAGAACGUUGGAGCGGGCCUCUAUGGCAAGGAUGACAAGGAGAAAGCAGUCUCUGGGUUCUAG